GGCGCGUUCUCGCUACAGUUUUCCCACCGCCCGCUCUCGGAAUUCGGCGUUAUGGCUGCCUUGGUGUCUCGGGCUGCUUCUCUCUCCCCACUGCUUCCCCUUCUUCUGGGCCUGCUGCUCCUCUCCGCUCCGCACGGCGGCAGCGGCCUGCACACUAAGGGCGCCCUUCCCCUGGAUACAAUCACUUUCUACAAGGUAAUUCCCAAAAGCAAGUUCGUCUUGGUGAAGUUCGACACCCAGUACCCGUACGGUGAGAAGCAGGAUGAGUUCAAACGUCUGGCUGAAAACUCGGCCUCCAGCGAUGAUCUCUUGGUGGCAGAGGUGGGGAUCUCAGAUUAUGGUGACAAGCUGAACAUAGAGCUGAGUGAGAAAUACAAGCUGGACAAAGAGAAGUACCCAGUCUUCUACCUCUUCCGGGAUGGGGACUUUGAAAACCCAGUGCCAUACAGUGGAGCAGUUAAAGUUGGAGCCAUCCAGCGCUGGCUGAAGAAGCAAGGGGUAUACCUGGGUAUGCCUGGCUGCCUGCCUGUGUAUGAUGCCCUGGCAGGAGAGUUCAUCAAAGCCUCCAGCAUGGAGGCCCGUCAGGCCCUCUUCAAACAGGGGCAGGACAACCUUGCCAGUGUGAAGGAGACUGAGAAGAAGUGGGCUGAGCAGUACCUGAAGAUCAUGGGGAAGGUCUUAGACCAAGGUGAGGACUUCCCGGCAUUAGAGAUGACCCGGAUCACCAAGUUGAUUGAGAAGAACAAGAUGAGUGAUGGGAAGAAGGAAGAGCUCCAAAAGAGCUUGAACAUCCUGACUGCCUUCCAGAAGAAGGGGGCUGAGAAAGAGGAGUUGUGAAAGGCACUCAGGUUUUCAAGGUUUGCCGGGAGUGGGGAGGGGAGAGGUACCUGCUGGGUGAGACCUUGGUGUCAUAGAAGGGGGUAGUGGGAAAAGAGGUACUAAACCAGAAAUUUGAGCCCUGAGUACACCUGGACAUUCUUGCUGAUGUGACUGUACUUGGGAUGUGUCUAGAGCUCAUCUGGGGACAGCUAGUGAAAUGCCCCCUGGGAAGGAAUGGUGCUAUAAAGAGGAGGGUACCGCCCAGGUCCUUGACAAGUGUAAUUCUGAUCAAUAAAAGCUUCAGUGUUUUGGUUAAGUGGACCUGAGCCAUUCGGUUUUCUUCAGAUUAUACUUUGACCCAUGACCUGUUUUCUUCGAAUUUAUUUUUGAAUUUAAGCUUGCAUAGACUCCAUUCUACAGGGAAACACACUAUCCUGAUAACACUGGAAAUUGGCCCCAACAUAAGGCACAACCUUUGCUAUGUUCAGGCUCUUCUGGGUUGUGUUAAAAUGUGUUGCUUACCUUCUGGUCCUUAAAACUCAACAGCACCAGGUGCCAGA